AUGUCACCACCUCUACGGAAAACAAAUAAUUUUAUACCUGUUACAAGCAAAGAAAAAGUUGACAAUAUUUCUAGGAAUUUUAUUCUUGUUCAAGUGAUAUGUGGCUUAUUUAGACUACCUAUUUUAGGCAUUACAAGUAAGAUUCCGUUGGUGAUUAUGUUUGGGACAACAGUGCUGUACAAUGGUGUAAUAAUUUACAACAUAUACUUUAAAGUCAGUUUUAAUUCAUAUACGAUAGCUCCAAUAUUUGAUACAAUAGAAUUCAUCAGUUGCACUUUACUUGGUCUUGUAUCAUAUAAGAUAUUAUUAUUAUAUUAUGCGGAAAUCAAUAAUAUUGACAAGGAUUUAAAAUUUAGCUAUAAGAGUCGUCUUACGAAGCUAGUAUUUAUCCAUUUUGUGCAGCUCUUCUUUAUAGGAAUAACAUUUACAAUAUCUUUGUCUGUGGUCCCUGAAAGCAAAGAUAAGUUUUUGCGUAAGAAUUUUUUAAUUCCUAUGAAAUUAUUGCAUUAUCUUGAAUUAAAUUAUUAUGGGCAUCUCUUUGACAUUAUGAUUCCAAGGCUUACACUUCUUACCGACAUAAUGAGAAAAUCAUGUCACUUUAAAGAGGACCACAAAGAAAAAUUUCAGGAAAGAAAUGACAGAACGCUUAUCUGCUAUGAUAUAGGAUUUUUGAUGGACUCCUACAAUCGCUUCCUCAAAACAUACGAAUAUCUUAAGAAAGCUAUUAAGUGGCAAAUACUUAUAAUAACAGUGUCAAUAUUCAAUGUCAGUCUUAGUCUUUCUUAUCAUGUAGCGACGCUGGUCCUUGACGGAGUAAAAGAAGAGGAUGAAGAUGCCGAAUUAUGUUUGAAUAUGACAUUGUUAGUGUUAGAAGUUGUGCCUUUUGUAAUACCAUGUCUGUUAGCAACUCAAAUCUCUGAUGAAGUUGUGAAUCUAAAGGAAAUAAUAUCGUCAAGGGUGUAUGAAAAUAAAUUAGAUAAGUCGUAUCGAUGUACAGCACGUGCUUUCCUAGAGUUGAUACAGACUCAACCUCUAUCGUUUCCUCUCCUGCAUUUGUUCGAUUUUGAUUUUAUGCUACCAUUUAAAUUAUUGAAUCUCAUUCUCACUUAUUUAAUAAUACUAUUACAAUUUGACAGAGUUACAAAUCUCAAUAAAGUUAUAUAA